AUGAAUAAUAACUCACCACGUUUCCCUCCCCGCUACAACUCCACCUACAGAACAACUGGUCCCCCCCCCCCCACGUUUUCGAUGGCAUCACCAAUUAUAUUUUCCAACCGAUCUGAGCAUUUCUCAAUAUGGAUUGUACUACGAAGUGUUCAACUUACGCUUUCAACUGCGUAUUCAUCGCUAUUCAAUAGAGAUUUUUACACCUACAAUAACGUCUAUUUGUUUGUAAAGUACUUGAAACUAUCGGUUCUAUUAUUUGUGUUGUUGAAAGGGCCUAUAUUUUUCACAAAGUUGAUAAUAGGGGUUGUAAACUAUAUUGGACUCGUUCGUUUGAAUGCAACACGAGUUAUGGAUCUGUUUGAAUACUUUUUCAAGUAUUACCUCAAUUUCAACUACUUCCUACUUGCGUUGUAUUCUUUUUUUGAUAAAGAUGGAGAGCAAUUGUUUAUGUGCCAGUUACGUCACCAAGAUGAUAUACAUAGUACUUGCUAUAGUGAAAAUUACUCCAAAUUACCGCUGCAUAGAGUUGAACAUGAACAAGAUUGGUUCUCCACUUACAAGAAUCUAUACAAUUUUUCACGAGAGUUUAGAUUAUUCAUAAAGAGAUACACCAACGUGUACGUAUUAAACAUUACCAUGUUCAUCUCGAUCAACUUUUUGCCCGAAAAGAUUUCAUCGACAGUUUUGGGUUUUAUUGCGUUUCAAACUUUUCUCGACAAAUUGGGGACGGUUGUGUCCAUCUUGCUAGUCACCAUUUUACAAAUGAUGGACGUUCAUUAUACAAUUCGUGUGUUAACGACUUUCUACGGAGCAUGGAAUUUAGCUGAAGAUUUUCUUAUUCCUUACUUUGACCGAGUUCAAUUCACCCCUUUGGAGCGAAAGCAGUGGUUAAAUACACGAAUAGGAGUAAUUUUUGGUAUAGGAUUAUGCUACUACAUAGCCAUACUUGAAAUUCCCCUAAUUUCAGCAGUUUUGUAUUCAAAUGCAAUCUUCAACAUGGGAUUCUUGAUCACCACUUUCACCACGGAGAUGCCAGAUAAUCUAAAAGACAUGGCUACAUGGUCCAUAACAGAAAGUGUUUGGGAUGGACACACAGAAUUUUUAGAGUGA